AUGGGAAUACCAGGCUUCUUUCGCUGGUUAUCUUCGAAAUAUCCACAUAUUGUUGAAACUGUCAAAAAGUCUCCUCGAAAUAAAACUGAUUUUUUAUAUUUGGAUAUAAAUGCCUUUUUUCACGUUGCUCUUCGCAGUAAGGUUAAGGGUAAACCAAUAAAAAAUAUGGCUCCCCGUCGCAUGUUAGGAAAAGUCUUUGCAGAAAUGGAUACGGCUUUUAAUAUCACCGACCCUCAAGUUCUCAUUUAUAUUGCAAUGGAUGGUGUAGCACCUCAGAAAUCAGUUAUAGAACAAUCAACAAAAUCAGGUUUCUUUGUCCCUGUUGAUAACGUUUCUAUAUCCGCUGGAACAGAAUUCAUGCAAGCGGCCAAUGAAGCAAUCAAAUUUUACAUAUAUCAACGAUUAAACGGUAAACAUAGAAACAUUCAAAUUAUAUUUAAUGAUUCUAAAGUCGCCGGAGAAGGGGAACAUAAAGUUUUUAGAUUUUUAAAUGCACAACGCAAUCAUCCAAAUUAUAAUUCUAAACAUAAACAUGUUGUUUGUGGAGGUGAUGCAGAUUUUAUAAUGUAUGCCUUAUUGACUCAUGAACCAAGUCUUCGAAUUUUACGACCUGGACUUGAAGGAAAAGAUAUUAUCCUUCAUAUAAGCAAACUUCGUAAACAUAUCAUUCAUGAUAUGAUUCAAGGAGAAACAUCCACCAAAAUUAAUGAAGAUAAUAUUAUAGAUGAUUUUGUGUGCAUCGCCUUUUUGCUUGGUAAUGAUUUUUUACCACGGUUAACACAUCUAGGUGAAACCCGUGUAGAUCUUCUUUAUGAUGCAUAUAGUCGUUAUUUUAAGCAAGAAAAUCAAUAUAUCACUAAAAAAGAUGGAAAAUUAAAUUUGAAGAUGUUCCUCAAAUUUUUAAUACAGUUAUCAAAGUUGAAACCUGGUACUAUAAGAAGAGGAUCAAUUAUUCCUGAAGAAACUGUCAAAGAUGAAACAAUAAUUGCAAAAAGAGCAAAUGAUUAUUUAAAAACUAUUUGUUGGACGUUUCAAUAUUACAAUGGAGAUUGUCCAAGUUGGAGAUACUUUUAUCCACAUCAUCGACCUCCAACCAUUCCCGAAAUUUUGACACAUGUUAAAGUGGAAAAUUUUGAUCAAACUUUCAAGAAAGAUUCACCAUUGCGACCUUUUGAACAAUUAAUAUGUAUCUUACCACCAAAUGCCAGUUACCUUGUUCCAGCACCUUUCCGUCCACUAUUUACCAAUCCAGAUUCCCCUCUCAAAGAAUAUUUUCCAAAAACUUUUAAAACCUCAAAUCACAAGGCUCUUUUGCCUUUUGUUGAUGAAGAACACUUGAUUCAAGCAAUGAAACCGGGUUAUUCGUUAUUAAAGAAGGAAGAUACAUUACGAGAUAUGUUAAAUGGACGAACUCAUAUUUAUGCAGGGCGAUGUUCGGCUUCCUAUUCAGCAGUAUUUUCUCUUUGCUCCGGUAGAUGUCGUGUACCUAAUUUCCCUAUAUCAUCAGUUGUAUUUGGAAAAUUAUUAUACGAUGGGCCCAUGUUAAAAUCCAUAGAACCACCUGUUAAUGAGUUUCAAAAAAUCAAUCGUAAUUGUGUUGCCAUGGUACAAUAUCAACUUCCAUUUAUUCCCAAAAAUGAACCAUUUUUAAGAAAAUUUAAAAUACAAAGAAACAAGCAAGAUCGACCUCCAGAUCUUAUGAUGUGA